AUGUCCUACCUUGUAAAACACAUCACCAAAGCGGACAUCCCGCGGGUCAUGAACAUCAUGUUCUCCGUCAUGGCGCCGACAGGAUUCGGCCGCACGACAGGCGAGGUACCCAACCGGGACAUCACAUUCGAAGACUUCAUCUGCUCGCCAUACAGCGUCAACAUGGCGCGCCGGAUCGCCGAAGAGCUAGAUAGCGAUCCGACGCUUCAUUACCUGAAAGCUGUGGACAGCCGUUCCGGCAACAUGGUCGCGCUGGGCAAGUGGCAUAUUUAUCGCGGCGAUCAGGGCCUGGAGGCGUGGCGGUCGUCCACCCGAACGGAUAACACGAUGCAAAUCCCGUUUGGGUUGAACAGUGACGGCUAUCGAUGUAUUAUGGGGAAGUUAUUUGAUAAAAGAAGAUUUUUCUUUGGGGAUGGAGGGAGGGAGCACUGUUUGUUUGAGUUACUCCUCACGCAUCCCCAGUAUGAGCGCCGCGGUGCUGGCUCGCUCAUCACGCAGUGGGGAUGCGAUAUGGCCGAUAAACUCGGUCUAGAUUGUUACCUUGAAUCGUCGGACCCGGGGUAUCCAGUCUACCAAAGAAAGGGGUUCAAGGAUAUCUCACACGACCCGACAGAGAAUGUCAUCGAGUACAGGGUUGAUGAAUUCACCGGGCGACAAGGGUUUGAGGAAGAUAAAAUGCGGUUUACCUGUAUGCUCCGGAAGCCAGGAGGUAUUGGCAUUGUGGAUAGACAGGCUAUGUUCGCGUAGAGUUUUUGUUUUGCUUCUUCCUUUUCUAACCCGCCUGUGGUAUGUGAUUUGGAGCCAAAUUUG